AUGUCACCAAGUACCAACCGAAAGUCACGACUCAGGGCAGCAAAGGCAUGCAGGCGUUGCAGCCAGCGCAAAAUCAAGUGCGAUGCCGUACAGAAUGGACUGCCCUGUAGUCGAUGUCGAAUGGAUAAAACAGAUGAUUGCACCCUGGCCCUGUCACGACGAGGCACCUACGAUAGAAAUGCAGCCCGCGACCUACGACUCAAACGACAAUUGCAAUUGCCAUCUGAUGGACCUGACCCAUUAUGUCCAGGCGCACAGGGUAAUGCAGCUGCAAGAAGAAAGUCUACCGCCAGUCAAGCUCCUGUUGAAGUCCCUGCAGAGACAGCCUCGCCUUUAGAAACAAGUUCUGAGCAGUCGGUAGCCAGCUCGACUGGUUCGACAUCGCGCUCCAAAUCAGCCAUGUUUGAGGAGUUUCUCAGUUGGAGAGACAAGAAGAGUGAAGGAAGACUAGGGCUGAUUCUUCUUGGAGAACCGUCACCGUUGACGUUUGCACUGGAAGAAUUCCCCCAGGACCACCCCCAGCUGCAUGAUGCAUCGGGGCAUAUAUGCAAUAGUGCCAACCUGGAAGUUAUCCAGAAAGACGUCCACCCAUCGCAUUUAGAUCAAGCAGAUAUCGCGUAUCUAAAGGCCAAGGGCGUUUUCACGCCCCCGUCAGAAAGGACACUGGAUGAUCUGGUCGCCGUUUAUCUCACGCGCUUCCAUCCCCUGUAUUCCAUAGUGAACAAGGUUGAGCUUGAGAAGGUACACAAAGAGCACAAGCUCCCAUGGACUCUUCUCCAUGCUGUUUGCUUCAUCGGGGCAACAUUUUGUGAGCCCUACAAACUGCAUUCCGCAGGGUUUCAGUCUCGAUCCGAUGCCCGCCGCCACUUCUAUCAGAAAGCAAAGCUGCUAUUCGAUACCAGCUAUGAGACCAACAAGAUCAUCCUUCUUCAGGUGGCUAUUAUGCUGAGCUUCCGCGGCCCUCAAAUGCAAAGCUAUUGGAAUCCCUGUUCCUGGAUUGGCUUCGGCGUCACAUUUGCUAUCUCGCUAGGUCUCCAUCGUUCGACAGCCUCGUCCAACGCCCCCGGGGGCGAUACAGGGUUACUAAGAAGGCUGUGGUGGACGCUGGUAGUACGGGAUACCUACUGCGCCGUUCUCCUUGGACGCCCCUUUCGCAUCGACCUUCCUCAUUCUGACGCAGAAAUGCUCACGCCAAAUGACUUUGUCUACGAGAGCCAUGACGAAGCCUUCUAUCAAAUCCAAAUGGCCCGUCUAGCUCCAAUCAUGCGGAAUAUCACCCAUUGCCGCUCGGCAGCGCAGCUCUAUCCACAGACCGUCCACGCAGAACUGGAGACCUGGCGAGCGGACCUGGAUCUCUCUUUCCAGCGGUGGCCGGGUGGAUCUCCAUCUGUACUGUGGUCCACUGCGUUAGAAAUAAUCUACAACUACUAUCUCCUUCUCCUUUAUAUUGAUAAGCCUAAUUUAUCUCGCCCGCAAACGCUUCACCAACCGGCCCAAGAACUCGUCGAAUCAGCUGCCAGAGAUAUUGCCUCCAAGGCGAUCACUCUUGUAACCAAGGCCCGCCUAUCCUACCUCCCUCAUGAAGCCUUUCCAGGCUUCUUCGUCGCCGGCAUUGUCCAUUACCGGCAGACCCAGAAUAGCUCCCCAGUGGUGACUCAAAUGGCACGCGCAAGCUUGGACAACUGCCGCGUUAUUCUGAACGAAGUCAAGGAAUUCUGGGAGCCCGGUGAAUGGGCAAUGGAGAUUUUCGACUUUCUCAAUAUGAGACACCAGAAUACCUCGCCUAAUGGUGCCUCGCCUCGGCAAUUGGAAGUAAAUGCAACUACACUUCAAAACGACAUUCCCGCGGACUUGGAAGGGGAUACACAGGAAUAUAGUAGCCUGAUGAAUAAUUAUCUCUUCGGUUCGAACUGGGAGACUGUUAUGCAGGGAGGACCUGCAGAUGACUCCUUAUUAAUGCCAGGCUUUCUUCCUUCGGUUGUUGAUGAAUGGUCCUACCUUCAGCCUUAAGUAUACAGAUAUGCAUUUAUGAUAGCUAUCUUAUUAUCUUUCUAUAUCACAUAUUCCCUCGAACUCCACAAAGUCCACUUGAGACGAAUUCGUUUUGCUCCUCCUCUGUAAGCAGGCUACGUAUGGCUGACGGCAUGGAUGUAUAACUGUGACCCUGCUUUGCACUGCGGAGAGCUCCCUC